AUGGCGACCUUUAACCACUUGUUGCUUCUUUCGCUGCUGCCGCUGGUGCUGAGUGACCCUUUCUAUCCACCAACAUGCUACACCAAGGUACUGAACAUGGCACAAGACCUCACCCAGUGGGCAGCGGAUUUGAAGAGGGACCCUGAAACUAGUUUCUGCAUGGCACACAUGCCAAAUCUCUACCUUGAUGUCCAUAAUGCUUGUGUGAUGUAUAAAAUGAGGACCUACAUCUCCCUGGUGGAAGGCUUGCGACAACGCCGCUGUGCUUACACCAGAGACGUGAGGAAGCUGGGUGUUACUCUCAGACAGCUCUUCAUUUUCAUGUCAGAGAAGUGUCACGGGGACUUGGUGUUCACAAUCUACGACUGUGCUGCACUGGAGCGCUAA